AUGACGUCAAACACGGCAAUCGUCCGCUUGAACGUGGGGGGAAGCAAAUAUGAAGUUCCCAAGUCCUUGAUUGAGAUGUAUCCGAACACGAUGCUAGCACGCUUGAUUUCCGAACAAUGGGAGGGGGGCAACGAGCAGGAUCCAAACAAGGAAAUCUUCAUUGAUCGAGAUGGUCAGCGCUUCCAAUGUGUUUUGGACUACAUGCGAGAUCAAAAGGCAUAUCUCCCGCAUAACAUGGCAAAGGCUUCUGUUAUGCAUGACUUGAAGUACCUCGGAUUUGUGGAUGUCCCAGAUGAUGCCAUCGAAGAAACUUUGACGACUCCAGAGGCGGUGAAACACAUCCGCAUCGGCAGAAAGUAA